GCUGGCCUCACACGUGCAUGUCACGUGCCACCCAUGUAAUUUACUCAACGCCUCCCCCAAAUUCUAUUCUCUUCAUUCCAAACCGCCAUCAAUGGAGACAGCAGAACCAGCCCAAACAAACCCUUCAACAGAUAAAGAUGUAAAAGCGCCGAAUUUAUUAGAACGGGCGAAGGAAGAGAUCAAAGCUAUCAUGCACCAUGAGAAAUCCCACGACCAUGAAACUCAUGGGAAGAGUGAUGAUAUUGACGUUGAUACUCCAAUUGAGAAAAUCAAAGGUCCAAACAUUUUUGAACGGGCCAAGGAAGAGAUCGAGGCACUGAUUGAGGUGGUUCAUCCGAAGAAGGAAUCCGAUCAUGAGUCGCCCUCCAAGAAGGUGGAAGGGAAGAAGAUGGAAGGGAGAGUUGCAAGGGUGGAAGAAGAAGAAGCAAAGAAAGUGAUGAGCAAGCUGGGAUCAAGACCACCAAGCUAUGCACUGGAUCAGUUGUCUUUCAUCUCGACACCUCCUCACCUGCUGGCCUCACACGUGCAUGUCACGUGCCACCCGAGUAAUUUACUCAACCCCUCCCCCAAAAUCUAUUCUCUUCAUCCCAAACCGCCAUCAAUGGAGACAGCAGAACCAGGCCUAACAAACCCUUCAACAGGUUUUACUCUCUCUCUCUCUCUCUCUCAUCUAGAUGCGUGUGGGGCCCACUUUGGUGUGUGUGUUUGGCACCCCACCCAUUCAGCAGGGUUGCAAUCGCCGAUCCAAUCAUCAGAUAAAGAUGUAAAAGCGCCGAAUUUAUUAGAACGGGCGAAGGAAGAGAUCAAAGCUAUCAUGCACCAUGAGAAGUCUCACGACCAUGAAACUCAUGGGAAGAGCGAUGAUAUUGACGUUGAUACUCCAAUUGAGAAAAUCAAAGGUCCAAACAUUUUUGAACGGGCCAAGGAAGAGAUCGAGGCACUGAUUGAGGUGGUUCAUCCGAAGAAGGAAUCCGAUCAUGAGUCGCCCUCCAAGAAGUGAUGGGGUUUUGGGAACUUCUUGGAAGAAGGUUUGAGCAAUUCUGCUCCCAUAUUGGGAUUGAAAUUUGAAAGAGAAGGUAAUUGCCAAUGUUUGAGGGACUGGUUGAUUUCUUAUGAAGUUGUUUUGGUUUCAUUGUUAGAAGAAUGCUUGUUAUUAUGCAUGCCCAUGAUGUGUUUGAUGAUUCGUUUUUCAGCUCUAUUCAUGUUUCUCAUAUGUGGAUUGUACGAUACAAUUUAUUGAGUAUAAUUGGAGUAAAUUUGAAUGUAUUCUGCGAA